AAACUGUUCCAAAACAGAACCAAAAUAUCUAAAUCACUACCAGAACCAAAUCUUUCCUACUCAAAAGAUCAAAGAGAUUACAAAAUAUGCAGGGAGCUCUUUACAUCAAACCAACCAUUCUUCUUCCUCUUCCUUCUUCAGUUUCUUCUCCAAAACUUAGUUUUCUUCUUCCUCACGCAACUAAACCUUCAAGACUCUCACCUCUCAGAUCAAACAACGCAUCAUCUGAUCCUAACACCGUCGACUACAACUCCUCCAUCCUUUCUGUUUUCCCAGCUGAAGCAUGUGAAGUAAUCAGUGGAUACGCUUGUUCUGCUGACAUUUACCCUGAAGUUAAGCUCGAAUCAAAGCCCGUCUCACGUCCCGUGACUACAGAGUCUGUUGACAGAGAAUACGAAGACUAUAACAACACCAAAACUGUUUUCCGCGAAGAGGCCUGUGAUGAUCUUGGUGGAGAAUUCUGUGAACCUGACUAUCAAAAAGAUGUCAACUAAUGAAGAAACAAGUUUUUUUUUAUGUGAUGUGAAUAUGUGUAUGUUUGUAUCUUUAUAACCACUCUUUCAUUUUAUGAAAUCUAGCUUCACUAAAUCAAGAUUGGACUUUAUAAAUCA